UUAGAACCCCCCUCCGCAAGAAAAUAAUAAAAUAAAUAAAAUACCGUCUUGUGAGCUUUCAGAAAGGAGCGUCUAUCGUGUUGUGCUUUCUAUAAGGAGAACAAACCCCGUAAAAUUGUGGCGCCCCCAAAAAGUGACCCAAAACACGCAAAAGAGAUUGAGAAUACCAAAAAAAAAAAAAAGAAAUCCUCCUUGCCUCCAGAGUGUUUUGUCUCACAGUGAGUGCGGAAUUGUUGGUGAAUUUUUAAUCUCAAGUCUGGAUUUAUAUAUUCUUUGUAGCCAAGAAGAGGGAUAGCAAAUCCCCGUGCCAAAGAAAUUGGAAAUGAGUGAAAAGAGAUUUGUCUUCCUGCUCACAUUGGGAAUAUUUCUGGCCAUUCUGAGUGAGCAAAUCUCUGCAACUCCAACGAUUGGUAAGAAAUAUGAUGUUAUGGGAAGUUAUGACUUCAUUGGUGUGUGCAUAAGAAACUGCGCUCAAUGCAAGAAGAUGUUCGGAUCGUACUUUGAGGGGCAAAUGUGUGCGGAUGCGUGUGUAAAGUUCAAGGGGAAGAUCAUACCGGACUGCGAGGACAUCGGCUCCAUUGCGCCCUUCCUCACAAAAUUGGAUUGAAAGAGACCUCCCCCCGCCCCCGGACAAACACCAAAGGCUCCACAACUGACUGCUGUGCAUCAUUCUGUGCCAUUUUAAUCUGUUGCAAAUCAUUCCCCAUCAUAGGAGAGAUUUAUUUAUUCAGGUCACGAUCAUUCAUCCAUGAUCAGUCAUGGUUUUUUUUUCUAUAAUUUACGGAAUCUCACGAUAUGCUUAAGUUUUUUUCUCCCUCUAUGUUUACUGCGAAAGUGUCCAGCACUGACGAAAAGUUCCUAUUUUUUUUCUCAAAUAAUUUUGAUUAAGAGAUGUGUUGGUUUUUUUAAAAAAAAUUUUGUAGUAAU